AAUUUUAAAAUAAUAUUGUAAAUUAUCCUAAAUUUAUUUAUUUGAUGUGAGAAAUGCAAAAAAUAAUGAAGUAGAUUGAAUAUGUAAAAUGAAUUAAGGAAGAGGAACGAGAAACCAAUUCUUGGGUGUGGAACUUGAAUUUGGGCUCUCGUGUUUUCUUAUUUAAAUAUAUAUAUGUAUAAUUUUAUUAUAAUUACUAUAUCUAAAAACUAUAAUUAUAAUAUUUUUUAUUUAUCAUAAUUAUUUGUAAAAAGAAACGCUAGUUACCAAAUCUAUCCACCAUUAAUUGUUCGUAGGAUGAAAAUGGAAAACUAAUUUUACCAAUUUAAAAUCCCAUAAUAAUAAAAAACAAUUACGGGUGUGGUCAGGGUCAGCUAUAGCUGCGUGGGGAUUGAAACUGCAAGUCUUAUUUGAACUUAUCCAUCAUUCCAAAUUGCGAGUUAUAAACUCGGAGACUUCAUCACAGUUGGGCAAUUUGACUUUUGCAUGCCGUGCCUCCUCCACCCAUCUCGCAGGAAGUCGAUCCCAUGUCCGUUCCAUCACCUAUAAAUAUCUUCACCUCACCUACCCUUUGCUUCAGAAUCCCAUAAACCAUUAAUCACCAAUUCAAUUCCCAACCACUUUUAACCUUCUUUAGCGACCAUGUUUAGAAUGAUUGGAAGCUUCAGCUUCGUAUGGCUUCUCAUGACCAUAUCCACUGCAGCUCAAACCCCCGCAGUGCUAGACACCACCGGUCAGCCUCUUAGGAGCGGCGUAGAGUACUAUGUGCUUCCAGCUGCAACUGACACUGCUGGUGGUUUAACUCUGAUGAAUCGCACUGACUCCUGCCCAUUAUACGUUGGUCAGGAACCUCUUUCAACCGUUGUAUCACCAGGUCUUCCCGUCAUCUUCACACCAUUUUCUGCUGGAGACGGUAUCAUCAGGGAGAGCAGAGACUUGAGGAUUGCAUUUUCAGCUGUCUCCAUUUGUGCUCAAUCAACAUCAUGGAGGGUGGGCGAGGAGGAUGCGGAGACGUCAAGGAGAUUUAUAGUGACAGGAGGAGAGCAGAGUUACUUGAGGAUUGACAAGAAUGGAGGUCUUUAUGAGUUGGUGUGGUGUCCCGGUGAGUCCUGUCCAGAUUGUGGAAGGCCAAGAUGUAGUUCUGCUGGUAUUUUGAUUGAAAAUGGGAAGAGAUUGUUGGCCUUGGAUGGCCCUGCUUUUCCCUUCCGAUUUAGGAGAGCUUAGUUUAUUCUCCUCGUAUUCAUAACUUCUUUGCAUUGUAUUAAUUAGUAAAUAAAUGCUGAAGUCUCAUAUCCCUCUUAAUCUAAAGUGUAGUUUGGCAUGAGAAGAUUAUUUUCUGACCAAGUGAAC